GCCGCGCGUGCGACGCUUGUCAGCGUACAGCUGACACUAGGCCUAGCGGUCGUAAACAUAGGGACGUGCGGGCAUCGCUGGACGCAGACGACGCUUGGUCACACAGAGAUCCUUACCUACGCUGGGCUGGUUCGCUUCCACUGUUACGCUCCUAUAGCGUGUCAUAACAAUCUAGAGGCUUCGCAAUCGUAAUCGCGCCCCUUAUCAUCGCCCCGGGGGGUGCUCCGAGAUCAUGAACCGCAGCCUUAUCAUCGCGCCGAAGCCGAGGUCGCUGCCGGCGUCCUCGCGGCAAUCGGCGCGACACGGAGUGCGCAACGAGAAGCGACCGCAUCCGCACAGCGAGGACGCCAUGCAGGUUCGACAGCGGAUCAUGAAGGUGGCACGCCGGCUGGGGCUGGUGUUCGGCGUGCGUUCCCGGUCGACGGCCGAGGAGUCCCUGGUGAUGAGGUCGUCGAUGAGGAAACCGCCGUCUACCGGGACCCGGUCGCCCAACAAGACCAAGAAGACCGUGCGAUUCGAAGACACGGCAACGAAGACUUCUUCGAAGAAGAUCUUCAAGCGCACCGUCAUCAAGGCCUGUCGCUACGUAAGCCUGGGGGCCCUGUGCUCCUCGCCGGUCCUUGUGACGUCGUUCCCCACCGAGCCCAACUUGGCGACGUCACACCGCUCCUCCUGGUCCGCGUGGACGGAGCCCGUCACGUGGACUCACGGAGCGCAGAUGUACAUGCAAUGAGCGCCGAGGGCCGCCCGCCGCUAUACGUGAAACCGCGCCAAGCCGUGAACUGUGCGUGCCCGAGGAGUGCAGGACAUCCCUGUGUGAUGUCACUUCUUCGAUAUGUGACAUCUCAUGUUCGGUUGUCACUCAGCCAAAACUACACCAGCAGUGGUCCACUUUAGUACAUUUGUAUAGGUUUACCGGGUCGCGUAAUAAUGGUUAAACACAUAUGUUGUUAGUCGUUUACCACUCGUCCUGUUACGCAGAUCUCAGUGCUAAGAUUUACGGCGUUGUAUUACUGGGCGUUACUUCUCUUACCGUCUGCUAAAUGUUUAUUCUAUUCAAAUGUGUGUCCACAUUGUACACAUUACAGCUGUGUGUCAUGCGACUCAAUUACACAAUACGAUAGGGACAGAAUUCAUGUCAGUUAUGUCAGUCCUUCCUUAUCUAUCCAUGUCCUACAUUGAAGUUGUCUUGCCUGUAGGCCAUAUCAUUCUGCCUUCCGGUACACUUUUAGAGUGGUUCUCCCUACUGUGCUGAUGAUGUAAACGUUUUCCGCGAUAUUCGAUAAAAAAAAAAUGUAUCCAACCUGUCUCAACGUGGGGCUUUGCCGAUCUUUGUUUCAUAUGUCCUUAUAGUUUGAAUUGCCACCCAGUUAUUCAUGUCAAUUACCCAUUUAUCAUUUACCGUAUGUCAAUUGUCCAUGUUGGUAUCAACAACAAUUUCGCUCACCUGCUUAAAUUGCUAAAUUUCUGGAACUUACUCAAAGCGUCCACUUUUUUCUGCUCCAGUCGGUCUUUGCCGUAACCUGACUUUCCUUGCUGUUUUCUUUUUUGUGUGUGAUAGAACUGUAUUUCACAAGUCACAUCAUUGUGACCCAACAAGCUAUCUUCAUCCUCAAACUUUUUAAUUCAGUGUGCGUGGCUUGCACCUUUCUUACAAUGAGUCGUUUUUGCUCCGUAUACUUUCUUGCCAUGCGCACGUGGUUUGGUAUAUCCGCAUGUGUACUGCAAUAAACUUUCUUAUCUUUAGAUUUAUAGCCGUUAUCUCAGCAGAUAAAGCAUCACCGGCCAUAUACGGCUUCUUUCUAUGCUCAGGCAGCCAGCUUGUCUUGAAACAUCGUGAACAUCGUGAGCCGGAAAUAAAGCCGUUGAAGAAAGUAUUACGCCCACCGCGGUGGUCUAGUGGCUAAGGUACUCGGCUGCUGACCCGCAGGUCGCGGGUUCAAAUCCCGGCUGCGGCGGCUGCAUUUCCGAUGGAGGCGGAGAUGUAGUAGGCCCGUGUGCUCAGGUGUGCGUGCACGCUAAAGAACCCCAGGUAGUAAAAAAUUUCUGGAGCCUUCCACUACGGCAUCUCUCAGAAUCUUAUGGUGGUUUUGGGACGUUAAACCACACAUAUCAAUCAAUCAUAUUUUCCGUCUUAUCGUGGCCUAUCAAACUCUCUUCUGAUUGCUGAACGUAAGUGCAACCAAGGAGAGCGUGAAUAUAAAUUCAGUUCAUGGUUAUCACGGAGUUUAUCAUUAUCACUGCGGGGACAUUGCACCUUGUUAGGCAGCUGCGAACUUCCCAGCCUUUUGCUGACUAGCCUUCGCCGGGAACAGAUACGUUAUCCACGUAGCCGAUAGGGACAUAACAAAUGAUCUUCUGUACGUCGGUUCGUCAAUGCUGCUACAGUACCGAUACUUUUUUUUGUUUUCAUUUUGCCUUUGACAAGACUUUGAACGGAUACUUUCGUGUGCAUUGAUAAGGGUUCUUAGAGUGGCACUCGAGGGUUCGAAGAUAAUAUCAACUAACUACUAUCGACGAAGACCGGAUGCUAGGCUGUUGAACGUAUGUGGUAGUUGACAGAGGAGCUGUAAAGCUCGUUUAACUUUCGAGUGUAAACGCCUGUGUCAGUCACCCAAACGCCCACACGUAUAGAGAAACAGUCUCGCCUGCCCUGACGACAUUAGGACACUCGAAACGAGCAUUCACAUUUCAAUUAGAUUGGCUAUGAUUCGACGCUUUUAUGUACUUUUACGGCUUGUAUUAAAUACGAAAUUAUUAUAAAUUGUAUUUAUUUAUUUCUUGCACACUUUUUAUUACGUCAGCUGUUGCCGUGGUAGCCGCUGGAGGCAUUUAGCCAGGGUCGCCUAAUGACAUGCACGUAGGACCUUAACCGCGCGCGUCGGACUGCGUGAAGAGAGUACCAGCCAAAUAUGCAGUUUGUUAGCCCUCGUUUUAUAUUAUAUUUAAAAAUGAGCUGUGUAGUUAUCAUGUAGUAGUGAUAUAUAACGUUCAUAACCGCAAUGUCGGUGCGAUGCCAUCUGCUGUAUCGCCUACAGUUUGUAUAUUCUCUGUGUUGCAACCUUCAGAUGCUGAACAUACUACGCACCACUCGGGUCGCUGGUAUGGUCUGUAUAUAAGUGUACAUACAAUACAAAGUUUCUGUUUGUACAGUGUGAAAUGCAUUCAGUCCGAUUGCUCGGCUGCUUUUAAGCUUGCGCCUGGGCUCUGUUUAUGUAAGCGCCGGCUCAAAGAUUGAAACGAGCGAGUGAUCAGUGAAUAACUUUUUUUUUUCAUUUGUACGAGAGAUUCAACUUGUCAAAAUAAACGUGCAUGGUUUGUUUGUUUUUCUUGUUACAAUAAAACUGUGUGUUUGC